CCAGAUUAGGCAGCUGAUCUGAGCGCUGAACGCAGAGCAGAACCAAACCCGCCGCCGCUCCUCCUAUCCGGGAAGAUGUCAGUGAUGAGUCCGUCCCGAGAAGAAACCACCAGCUAACAGCGGCCACGUCGACCUGGAUGUACAGCGGACGUCUGAUGUUUAUUUUUAAAAGUUUUGGGCCGGUUGUUUGGGCGCAGUGGGAAUAAACCAGACAGGUGUCCGCGUCCUCUCCAUCCCUCUCCAUCACUACUUUUCUGAACUCUCUCUCUCUUUUUUAUUUUGUAUUUUUUAGUAAUUCUUUUUGAGCCAUGUUGUGGUUGCGGUGGCUCGCCCUGCUGCUGUGCUGGGGGGCCACCAGCACCAGCGGGGACCCGAACGGAGCCCGGGCGGAGCUGCGCUCCGACCCCCGCAGGCAGCGCUCUCCUCCCCCGCUGGAGCCGCUGGAUUUCGGCUUCGUGCCCGCCGCGGUUUACGACACCCACGCGUACUACGAGCCCGGGACCAUAAGCAUCCUCUUCCACAUGGUCCACGCGUUUCUCUACGUUAUUCAACCAAACCCCUUCCCCAAAGAUCUCAUUGUUAAUGUCAUGAAGGAAAACAUGGGAGGAAUUAAAGUGGAGGAAUGGAGAAAGCCAGAAAAUGUCGUCUUCUUGCUACAGUGGAUCCACUACGAGGCUGGAUUCCUAGUAUGUGGACUGUUCGGUGUCAUCUUUGUGGUCCUCACGCCCAUCAUAGCCAUGUGUUUUUGCAUGUGUCGAUGCUGUGACAACUGCGGAGGGGAGAUGCAUCAGAGACAUCGGAAAAAUGCUGACUGUCACAGAGGUUUCUACACCGCCUCACUCAUUGCCACCACCAUCUUCAUCAUCCUGGGAGUCUUGAUCGCCUAUAUUGCCAAUCAUAACAUCACCUCUCAUAUCAAAAACACCCGGGCACUCAUUAAUACCAACUUGAGAGAUCUGAAGACCUUUGCUAACAACACUCCUGAGCAAGUUGAAUACUUGACAGCCCAGUACACCACCGCAAAGAACAAAGUCCUGUCAGACCUUGACAACAUUGGACCCUUACUGGGGGGGAGGAUCCACAGUCAUCUCGAGAAAGAGGUGGUUCCCGCGCUGGACGGUGCCCUGCGCAUGGCAGGAGCAAAAGUUGAGAAUACCAUUAAAGCCAUGCGGGAGACCAGAGAGGCCCUGGACGUCGUCAAUACCUCUUUGGAGAUCCUUCAGGAGGGGAUGGGGAAACUUCGGGCCAGUCUGUCAGGGGAGCAGGCCGCUCUGUCCAACACCCUGUCCGACCCUGCUUGCACCAACGGAGCCGUGUCUCAGACCUGUAACACCAUCCGCUCCACACUGGCCCAACUAGGAGUCAGUGCUGACUUCUCCAAGCUUCCAGAUGUUGGUCAUGCCUUGGCCAAUGUCAAUAACGUCUUGAGAAUAGAUCUCAGCAACAUUGUUCAAAAGGGCUAUGCAUCCUUUAAUGAUACACCACGUAUGGUGAAAGAACAAACCAGAAAUGUUGUUACAGCUCUACCUCGAGUAAAAGGCCUGCUGGAUAAGGUCGGCAUGGAGAUUACUGCCUUCUCCAAAAUGUUCCCAAUUGAACCCUCUCUUGCCAAUUUCACAACCUUCCUCAACGAAAGACAAAAGGCCAUUGAAAUCUUUUACCCACAGAUUGACCAAAUUGAUUUCUACAGGUGGAUUGCCUGUGUGGCAGUGCUCUGCAUGGUUGUCCUGGUCCUGGCCUUCAACAUCCUCGGCCUGCUUUGCGGCUCUUGCGGCUACGACAAGCAAGCCUCCCCUACGACCCGCGGCUGCCUGUCAAACACUGGUGGAAACCUGCUCAUGGCUGGAGUUGGCUUCUCGUUUAUCUUCGCCUGGUUUCUGAUGUUCAUCGUUACCACUCUGUUUGUUGUUGGUGGCAACGUGGAGAAGCUGAUAUGUGCACCUCUGGCCGGCCGAGCGCUAUUUAAGAUCAUAGACACACCCUACCUGGUUCAUCCUGAGAAAAAGAACUUCCUUCCUGGGAUGCUGUUUCAAAAUCCUAAUAUUGACUUGACAAUUGGCAGCAUGUACAGGGACUGCUACGAGAACUACGGUUUGUAUCAUGCUCUGCAGCUGGAGACCAUGUUCAACAUUAACUCCUUCCUCAACAGAUCUGUGUCCAACAGAGACCUGGGCAAAUUUUUUGAAAGUGUGCAAGUGGACUUAAAGGACAUCAGACUGCUGGAAAAAGACGGCAGAGACAACCUUGUGAACUUCGCCAACUCUGGAAUUGGACGGAUAGAUUAUCCCCUUUAUCUUGCUGAGGCAAAUAAAGGAGUCACACAGGUGGAUCUGCUCACCUUCUGUUCUGAACUGGAGGAUCAAGCUGACCAGUUGCCUCGUGGUGCUCUGGAGAACGCUCUGAGAGGACAUGCCAGCAGCAUCAGGACCAUUCACAGAGAACAAGUGGUGCCUCUGGAGCAAGCAAUGAAAUAUGUCAGAGCGCGGAGCACCCUGAGCCAGAGCGUCAAACUUCUGGAGAAGACGUCCAGUGAUCUGCCUAUCAAAGCCACUAAUAUCCUGAGCGCUAUCGAUGCAGCGGAGUAUCUCAUCACGCAAAAUGCCUCCCAUGUGGUGAAGCAGGAGACAAGGGCCUUUGUGCAGAGCUUAGAUGGAUACUUCAGACAGUACACAAACUGGGUUAAACACUCGCUAACCACAGAGGUGGCCCAGUGUAAACCCAUUAGCAACAUUGUGGACAGCAUGGAGAUAGUAGCGUGCAGCUUCAUCAUCGACUCAGUGAACACAUUCUGGUUCGGUCUGGGAGGCUGCUGCAUCCUUCUGAUCCCCAGCAUCAUUUUCUCCGUCAAACUGGCCAAAUACUUCAGACGGAUGGACACAGAAGACGUCUUUGAAGAUAUGGCUAAGACAGGUAAUCAUGCUGAAGUGUGUGAUAUCCAUGGAAACGUCGCUGUGGUCAGCUCUCCUUAUGACACUCUGACUUGGUUCCCUCGGGCUUCUGCUCCCCCAAGUGACUGGUGACCCACAGGAAUGCUCCUCCGUACAGAGUGGACAGGAGAACUGGAACUGACGUGUUAUUUAAAACCUUCUAAUACUUCCAAGGAAAAAAGGGAAGAAGAGUCACAAUCAGGAACUGCGUAGUGAGGGCUUCCCACUCCUAACAACGUUCCAGGCCAUUUGACAAGGAUCUCUGAUGCUAGCCAACUGCAAACCCGCAAAGUCUCUCUAGCAUUGUACUGCUCUACAAAAUAAACUGUCAGAAGAUUGUUCCUGCAUAGUUGAACUUACUAAUAGAGAAUGAAUUUAUAUGUACAUUAUCAGUUUGACCAUGGUGACACAAGUGUACAUUUUUUACACUUUCAAAAUGUUUGGAAGUUUUAUACAUUUUUGUUAAUCUUUGUUUUAUAAUAUCUUGUAGUAGUGUACUUUUUCUGUGAAUAUUUGUAACAUAGUUUUCAUUAUUUUCUUUUAAAGCCAUUUCAUGUAGCAAUGCCACUUCUGACCACACGGGGGCAGUCUACAUAUAAAUCCGCUAUGCUGACGACACAGUUAAUUACAAUAUUGUGCUAAUAAGUGUGGGCAGUCCAGCGUUUCUUGCAGUACCAUUUUGUCUCAGUGGAAAUUCACUUCGUUGUGUCUUGCAGCACUUUUUAGUGAUAUUCUGCCCCCAUUUAGUGAUAAGUGAUAUUGCUACAUAGAGAGGUUUUGAAAUGCAUUCACCAGGUAGAUUUUCAUUAUAGUUUGACAUUUUGGGGAGUACACUUUCUUGCCAAACUUAGGAAGAAAACAAAGAUUGCUAUCAAAUCCUGUGCAAAAGCUUAGCAAACUAUAUAAAGAUAUUUUCCCACUAACAUUUGGUAAUUAGCACUAAGCGGUGAUUAUUAUCAAAAGCUAUUGGAUAAAUCAGAAUCUAGACUUAAUGAUGGAUUUCUGACUAUUCUGGUGCUCAACCAAGCUUUAAUUUUUUGUAUCUGAGCAUCAUAGUCAUCCGUAGAAAAUAAAAAGUCACAUCACAUUUCAUAUGAACGCCAGAAAAGUAAAUUAAUUAUCAAAUUGAGGAUGAUUCAUACUCAUAUAUGUCUGUCCAACAACUGCCAACAGCUGUUAAGAUAUUUAUAUCUGGACCAAAGUGGUAGACAAAUGUCAACUUGAGGUUUUACAGUAUUUGUUUUUUUUGUACACACUAAACAUGUAAGGUUUAUCAUGUUACAACGCAAGAUUUAGCAAACAUCUACCUGCCUGUCAUUUCACUUUACAUGGCAGGAAAGUCAUAAAGAACAUUUCUCAGACUGUUGAACUGUCCCUUUAAACUCGGACCGAGUUAAUCGCCUGCUUAGUUUGAGUCUGUAUUUGUCUCUCGGGUCCAGAAUUUGUCCAUACUGCAGAGAUUAAGGUGUUAUAAACUAUUCAGGACACACAUAGGGCUAUAUAUGGGUUUUUGAGACAACUGAUAUAAUAUAAGUAUACGGUAAGUAUUUCUUGCCAGACCAUCAGUGAGGGCCAAGUAGGUGAGAUGACAGACAUCUGAAGAACAUACAAAACAAUUGGAGUUUGUGAAAACGGUGCAAAUCUGUGAA